GUUAGUUUGGGCUGGGAAAAGUACAGGAGUGACAGGGCUGAGUACCGUGCCCACGUCUCCGUGUCUCAGUACUGAGACUGGAAGGUGUUUAGUAGGUCUCUUUCAAAAGGUGUUUAGCUAUGCAGUGUCAGCAGCUGCUGGUGAGGUGGUUGAGCUGGAGUAUGAUCCUGGCUGGUCUGGUGCACUUCAUUCUCCUGCUGAAGUCCCACGCUCCGUACGGACGCUACGCCCGCACCUCCCCCGGCUGCAGGACGGUCCCCGCCAGGGUGGCCUGGUUCCUACAGGAGCUCCCCGCCUUGCUGCUGCCCGUCCUGCUGCUGCUGACCACCAGUGAUUCCCACCGAACAGGACGCUGCCUCCUGCUGACCACCUUCUGCCUACACUACUUCCAGAGGUCAUGUAUUUACUCUCUGCUGACCAGAGGACGUCCAUUUCCAUUGAACAUCAUGGUGUCAGCAAUAGUCUUCUGCUCUAUUAACGGAUUCCUGCAAGCACACUAUCUACUCCACUGUACUGAACAUUCACACGUGCAGCUCUCCGACGGCCGAACACUGAUUGGUCUGCUCAUAUUUUUUACAGGAAUGGCCAUCAACAUUCACAGUGACCACAUUCUACGAAACCUGAGAAAACCCGGGGAAAUCUCCUACAAAAUACCACGAGGUGGCUUGUUUGAAUACGUAUCGGGGGCUAAUUUCUUCGGGGAGAUCUUGGAAUGGUCAGGCUAUGCCAUUGCGACCUGGUCCCUGCCGACAUUUUCCUUCGCUUUUUUCACCAUGUGCUUCAUUGGACCUAGAGCCUACCACCAUCACAGAUUCUACAAGGAUACGUUUAAGGACUUCCCCAGAUCACAGAAGUGUCUAAUACCCUUCAUCUUCUGAGCACCUUCAGCGUCUCACAGGAUCAGAGCUACUGUAUAUUUCUACAACAUAACUCUGGGUUAUUUUAUUUAUUUAUUUUUUUAAGGGCUGUCGACAUUAAAACGUUAACCUAUGCAAUUCAUUUGAAAUCAGUAAGUUACGCAAGUUAAUUAUUUAUGCAUUUAAAUAUCCACUAUAAAAACUUGACAGUCCUUACUGAUAAUCCUCUAAAUAAAUGCUGAAUUGAUUAAUGCUGA